UGAUAAAAGCUCCUUUUACCAAUUAUCAGCCGACAUACUGUCCACACACAGAUAUGCUUUCAUCUGCGCGUUUUCCAAUCUGCUUCUUUGUUUCAGGUUUAUGGGGAGCUGGAGCCUGCCCAAGCGGACUUUGAGCAAAAGUGUCGGCAUUUUGGAAGUUAGCCCGGAAGGUGAAGGCCACGCUGAUGCCGCUGUCAUGCUUGAGGCAAAAUUCCCCCUUCCGGCACCAAAAGAAUCUUCCCGGAUGAUCUGCCUGCAGGUGAUGCCGUCGUUUAUGCUGGCUGGGCUCGGCAUGGUGACGGCCGGCAUUCUGCUGGACCAAGUGCAGCACUGGGCGGUCUUUCAAGAGAUCUCCGAGGUUUUUAUCUUGGUUCCGGCCCUGGUGGGACUGAAAGGGAAUCUGGAGAUGACGUUGGCAUCCAGACUGUCGACAGCCGCCAACACCGGGCAGCUGGAGGAACCUCAGCGGCAGUGGAGAACACUGUGCUGCAAUUUGGCUCUCAUCCAGGUAAGAAACGCAUCUCACGGCGAUUCGACCGUGCUCAAUUUGUUCAGGCCGAUGGCUGCUGUGGCGGCAGUGAGUCUCGGGGGCCUGACGAGAGGUCGAGUGGAUGUUGUCCACGCCGCCAUCCUGUGCGCCAGCAGUGUCACCGCAGCCUUUCUUGCGGCGCUGUCUCUAGGCCUCGUGAUGGUGGCCGUGAUCAUCGGCUCCAGGAGAAUGGGCGUCAACCCAGAUAACGUAGCCACGCCCAUCGCUGCCAGCCUGGGCGAUGUCAUCACUCUGUCGUUGCUCGCUGCGGUCAGCAGGUUUUUCCUCUGCUACAGAGACACAUGGUACCUGCCUGUUGGAGUGUGUGCCUUUUUCCUGCUUCUUGCGCCAUUGUGGGUCCUUGUCGCCCGCCAGUCUCCACCUAUCGCAGAAGUCCUGAAGUCAGGCUGGCAGCCCGUUAUUUUCGCCAUGUCACUCAGCAGUGUUGGUGGCCUGAUUCUGGAUAAGACCGUGAGCAAUCCAAACUUCGAAGGAAUGGCCGUGUUCACUCCGGUUAUCAAUGGUGUUGGAGGAAAUCUGGUUGCCAUCCAGGCCAGCAGGAUGUCGACUUAUCUUCACUAUUGGAGCAUUCCUGGCGCUCUGCCAUUCAAAAUCACCACGGACUGUCCUGGACCCUUUGCUACUUUCUUUUCUUCAGAUCUGAAUUCCAAGUCAGCCAGAGUCCUCGCCAUGCUGGUCGUCCCAGGUCACCUUCUCUUCCUAUACGUGAUCCAUCUUGCGCAGGCAGGGCACACGGCCAUGACAGCCGCCUUCGUCGUUUGUUACCUAUCUGCAGCGCUGCUUCAGGUGGUGAUUCUUCUGCACAUCGCCAACCUGAUGGUGAGGUGGCUGUGGCAAAGGGGCUUGGACCCAGACAACUUCUCCAUCCCCUACCUGACAGCACUGGGUGACCUGCUGGGAACGGCUUUUCUGGCCCUAAGCUUCCGACUGAUUCACCAGAUCAGCUCUUGACGGGUCGGGAUUUGAUCGACAGCAUUGAUGUACUGGGACCUGCACGCCCAUACGGGACGUUCGAGUUCGUGAGCUACCUUCUGGGUGAACAUGGUGUCGUGAAGUAAGCCAUCCUUCGGUAGGAUGUGUUGAGUGAUGCUCUGGGAGUAAAAAUGCGACCAUGCCAGGAAAAUCCAAGCUAUCGAGGAUGGAAAUGCUGUCAAAAAAAAAACAAAAA